AUGGUUAAUGAAUCGAUUUUGAAGCCUGAGCUGGAUGAUUUAAACGUAGAGAAGCAUAGUACCGAUGUAAUUACCGAAGAACCCGAAAAUCUUGGUGAUAAUGUGGAAGGAGAGUCAUCAUCUCCUUCUGAGCCUAAAUGGCUGCAACAAGAUGAACCUGUAGCUUUGUGGGUGAAGUGGAGAGGGAAAUGGCAAGCUGGAAUCAGAUGCGCGAAAGCAGAUUGGCCAUUGACAACUUUGAGAGGGAAACCAACUCAUGAUAGAAAAAAGUACUAUGUGAUAUUUUUCCCACAUACAAAGAACUACUCGUGGGCGGAUAUGCAGCUUGUUAGGACCAUCUAUGAGUUCCCUGAUCCUAUUGCAUAUAAGUCACACAAAGUUGGAGUUAAAUUGGUUAAAGAUUUAACUGUCGCUCGCCGCAACAUUAUGCGGAAGCUUACCAUUGGAAUGCUCAAUAUAGUUGACCAGUUCCACUCAGAGGUUGUUGUUGAGUCAGGUAACGAUAUAAUAUUCUGGAAAGAGUUUGCAAUGGAAGCUUCUAGAAGCACAUGUUAUCAAGAUCUUGGAAGAAUGCUUGUGAAGCUUCAUAGUAUGAUAUUGCAACGAUACAUUGAUCCAAACUGGCUAGAAAGCUCGUAUCCUACAUGGGUACAAAAAUGUAAUGAAGCAGUGAACGCCGAGAGCAUUGAGUUGCUGAAGGAGGAAUUUGACAAUUGUAUCCAGUGGAACCAAGUCAAAUCCAUUUCUGAUCCUCAGAUGCAACUAAUGGUGUUGUCAGAAUGGAAAACGUGGAAGCAUGACGUCACAAAAUGGUUCUCGAUAUCUCGCCGUAGCGUUGCAGAAAUAGCACAGGAGGAGAGUAGUAAAAGCAUCUUCAACUCAGAUGUCCAGGCCAGCCGUAAAAGACCAAAACUCGAGAUUCGACGUGCAGAAACAACAAAUGCAUCAUCACAGAUGGAAUCUGCAAUUGACUCGGAGUUUUUUGGUUCACAAGACAACACAAAUACUCCUGCGGUUGUGAUGAAAGAUGAAGAAGUAAUAAUAAACACACCAGUGAAUGGCACGGACCUGUGGGAUGGCAUUGUUGUUGAAGCGAGCGGUUCACAACAGCUUGUGAAAACAAGAGAGACGAAUGAUUUGUCUCAUUCACAAGUCAUGAACAUAAACGAAUCAGCUGUGAAGAAACCAUUUGGUUCGGGGAACAAGAGUCAGCAGUGUACAGCUUUCAUUGAAUCAAAAGGAAGACAAUGUGUGAGGUGGGCUAAUGAGGGUGAUAUUUACUGUUGUGUGCAUUUAGCUUCACGUUUCGUUACGAAAGCUAUAAAGAACGAGGCAUCUCCUGCGGCUGAAGCACCCAUGUGUGGAGGAGUUACUGUUCUCGGUACGAAAUGCAAACACAGAUCUCUACCUGGAAUGUUGUACUGCAAGAAACACCGUCCUCACACAGAGAUGGUGAUGACACCUGAUAACUCCUCAUCUCAUCUGGUUAAAAGAAAGGCAGCGGAGAUGAUGUCAUCCUUAGAAACAACUCAGUAUCAUCAAGAUGUGGUGCCUCCUUUUGGAGAGAUAGAGGGAAGUGUUGUGCCCAAUGGAACUACUAGCUUCACUGAGAUGCUUGAACAUUGUAGCAGCAAUGAGGAAAACUUGUGUGUGGGUUCUUGCUCAGAGACCAGCUAUGUUCCUUGCAAUGAAUUCGCGACAAAGCACACGUUAUACUGCGAACAGCAUCUUCCUAACUGGCUCAAGCGUGCGAGGAAUGGAAAGAGUCGGAUAAUAUCAAAAGAAGUGUUUGUAGAUCUUCUAAGGAGUUGUUCAUCGCGUGAGGAGAAGUUGCCUCUACAUCAAGCUUGUGAUGUUUUCUACAAGCUCUUCAAAAGUCUCUUAUCUUUAAGAAACUCUGUCCCAGUGGACCAACAGCUUGAGUGGGCAAUAUUAGAAGCUUCGAGAGACGCUGAUGCUGGAGUUGGGAGUUUCUUGAUGAAGUUAGUAUCCCAUGAAAAGGAGAGAUUAACUAGGAUAUGGGGUUUCAGUGCUUUUGAAGAAGAUGCAUCAAUAUCAGAAUCUCCUAAUCAACUGCUUGCCAUAACCAAUGGAGAAGAAACAAGAGACGAAGAGAAAUGGUCGUUUGUGGGAUUUGCUUGUGCUAUUUGUUUAGAUUCUUUUGUGAAGCCAAAACUUUUGGAAGCUCAUGUGGAGGAGAGACAUCACGUGCAGUUUGCUGAGAAGUGCAUGCUUCUUCAGUGUAUACCUUGUGGCAGCAACUUUGGAGAUAAAGAACAGUUGCUGGUACAUGUUCAAGCUGUGCAUCCUUCUGAGUGCAAGACGUUACCAGUUGCUUCUGAGAGCAAGUUGACUAAUGAUGUCUCUUCUCAAAAUCCUGAAGCAGGAAACUCACAGAUUGUUGUGAGCCAAAACAUAGGUGGUGUACAUAGAUAUAUUUGCAAGUUCUGUGGGUUGAAAUUCAAUUUAUUACCUGACCUUGGUCGUCACCAUCAGGCAGAACACAUGGGACCACCGAAUCUAGUUAGCUCUCGUGGUCCGAAGAAAGGGUUAAGGUUUAAUACCUACAGGAUGAAGUCUGGUAGGCUUAGCCGUCCGAAUAAGUUCAAGAAAAGUCUUGGAGCAGUGUCAUACAGGAUUAGAAACCGAGCUGGUGUAAACAUGAAGAGAAGGAUGCAAGAUUCUAAAUCACUCGGCGCAGAAGCAAAAACUGAACUAUCACCGCCUCCGAGUGAUAGUACAAACUUUGAUAGAUCAGCAGAUGCUCAUUGCUCUGUGGUUUCGAACAUACUGUUCUCAAAGAUUCAGAAAGCGAAACUUCGUCCUAAUAACCAAGAUAUUUUGUCUGCUGCUCGCUCAGCUUGCUGUAAGGUGAGCCUUAAGAACUCAAUGGAGGCUAAGUUCGGGGUUUUGCCUGAGAGAAUCUAUCUCAAGGCAGCGAGGCUCUGUGGCGAGCAUGGUGUACAAGUGAUUUGGCAUCUCGAAGGAUACAUAUGCUCUAACGGAUGUAAGCCUUCUAAAGAACCAACUCUUCUAUCUCCCUUGAUCCCGCGACAAGAGAAUGAUCGAUUGAAGAUAGCUAUAGACGCUGGAGAACCUUCUAAUAACGGGUUGGAAGUGGACGAGUGUCAUUGUAUCAUGGAGGCUCAUCAUUUUAGUAAGAGACCAUUUGGAAAGACUACUGUUUUGUGCAGUGACAUAAGCUUUGGUAAGGAACCAGUUCCCAUAUCUUGUGUUGUGGAUAAGGAGGAUCUUUUAAAUCCCGAAAAGCAGUUUGAGAAGCCUUGGGAAAGUUUUACUUAUGUUACAAAACCAAUGCUUAAUCAUUCAGUGGAUCGUGCAAAGGAGAACGUGCAACUCAGGUGUGGCUGUCUCGGUUCAGUGUGCUCGCCUGUAACUUGUGACCACGUAUACCUUUUCGGCAACGAUUUUGAGGAAGCUAGAGACAUAUAUGGAAAAUCCAUGAGGUGUAGAUUCCCAUAUGAUGAUAAAGAACGAAUCAUUCUGGAGGAGGGUUAUCCUGUUUAUGAAUGCAAUGAGCUCUGUGGAUGCUCUAGAACAUGUCGUAAUCGGGUUUUGCAGAAUGGAAUACGCACUAAACUUGAAGUCUUUAGAACAGAAAACAAGGGAUGGGGAGUACGAGCUUGUGAGCAUAUACUACGUGGCACAUUCGUCUGCCAAUACAUUGGAGAAGUUCUUGAUCAGCAAGAGGCAAAAAAGAGGCGAACUCAGUAUGGAGAAGAUGGUUGCAGCUACAUACAUGAUGUUGAUGCUAACAUCAACGACCUUGGUAGAUUAAUGGAAGGAGAGCAAGAUUAUGUUAUUGAUGCAACUACUCAUGGAAACGUUUCUAGAUUCAUCAACCACAGCUGCUCUCCGAAUCUUAUUACUUACCAAGUUGUUGUGGAAAGCAUGGAGUCCACUCUUGCUCAUAUCGGUUUAUACGCCAGUAAAGAUAUAGCUGCAGGAGAUGAGAUCACGCGAGACUAUGGACGCAGACCGGUAACAUCGGGACAAGAAAAUGAACAUUCAUCAUGCCAUUGUAAAGCUACAAAUUGCAGAGGUCGUUUCUGUUAAAGACUUUUAUGUCAUUCUUUGCAGAUUUGUUUCAAUAGUUCAUUUCAAGCUUCUACUUUUUUUUUUUUUUUUACCAUUGGAUGUUUAGACAGCUUCGGACUAUUUGAUUCUGCAAGUUUUUUUUUCAGUAUUCC